UCCGCCUCGUCCAGAAAAAGGACACCGGCCAUGUGUACGCGAUGAAGGUGCUGGCCAAGGUGAAGAUGCUGGAGAAAGAGCAGGUGGCGCACGUGCGCGCCGAGCGCGACAUCCUGGUUGAGGCGCCACCAUGGGUCGUCAAGAUGUACUACAGCUUCCAGGACGCCAUCAACCUCUACCUCAUCAUGGAGUUCUUGGCCGGGGCGGUGAGCGACAUGAUGACGCUGCUCAUCAAGCGGGACACGCUGUCGGAGGAGUGCUCGCAGUUCUACGUCGCUGAGGUGGCCCUGGCUAUCGAGUCCAUACACAAGCUGGGCUUCAUACACAGGGACAUCAAACCCGACAACCUGCUGCUAGACGCCCGGGGCCACAUCAAGCUGUCCGACUUCGGUCUCUGCACGGGCCUGAAGAAGUCACACCGCACCGAGUUCUACCGCGACCUCAGCCAGGCCAAGCCGUCCGACUUCACGAGCAACCCGAUGGACAGCAAGCGGCGGGCGGAGAGCUGGAAGAAGAACCGACGCGCGCUGGCCUACUCUGCCGUCGGCACGCCCGACUACAUCGCGCCCGAGGUGUUCCUCCACACAGGCUACGGCCCCGCCUGCGACUGGUGGAGUCUGGGCGUCAUCAUGUACGAGAUGCUCAUAGGCUAUCCGCCCUUCUCCAGCGAGUCAGCAGUGGAGACGUACAAGAAGGUGAUGAACUGGAAGGAGGCGCUCGUGUUCCCGCCCGAGACGCCCAUCUCGGAGCAGGCCCGUAACACCAUCAUGAUGUUCUGCAGCGAGGCGGACGUGCGGCUGGGCGCCAAGGGCCUGCAGGAGCUGCAGCCGGUCGAGUUCUUCAAAGGCGUCGACUGGGAGCACAUCCGCGAGCGGCCGGCCGCCAUCCAGGUGGACGUCAAGUCCAUCGACGACACCUCCAACUUCGACGAGAUUCCCGACGUCGAGCUGGCCAUACCGUCGGCGCCGCCCGACAAGGACGGCGAGCCCAGCUGCAAGGACUGGGUGUUCAUCAACUACACGUUCAAACGCUUCGAGGGUCUGACGCAGCGCGGCCUGGUUCGGACGAACCGAAAGUGAAGCGCCGGCCAGCCUCCGUGGCAGACGCCGCGUCUCGGGGUCGGCGUGCAUGUGCGUGUGCGCGCGCGUGCCAUGCUCGGGAACGGCGGCGCCGGCCGCGCCUGUGAUAGUGUCGCCCGAGCGCGCGGCGCCCCUGAUCUCCCGCUCCCGCGGGCGGCCCGCCCCCGCCCCCGCCCCCGCCCCUGCCCCGCCUGUACAGUCUGUGCGUGGUCCCUGUGCGCCGUGAUGUGUUGACGCCUGUGGGCGAGCCGAGCGCGUUCGGGUGUCGCCAGCCUGCCGCUGCCCUCCUAUUUAAUCACGCCCCGCACACACACACACACAUUGUUGUGAGCCCUAGUUGUUGCCCCUGCCUGCGCACGCAUAUUGACUCGGUGAGUCGGGGACUGCGCGACCGGGGACGAGUCUGUGAUGAUCCAGUAGCAGGCUGCUGCGCUCCGUGCCAAAUACCGCGGCCGAAGAGCAAUACAGGACCUGCCGCACCGGAGAUGGACUCAUAUCAGCGUGUAGAAUCCAACUAGUCAUCGUAUGCAAGAAUGAAUAAUACAGAGAUGCUGGUUUGUA